UUCCCUCCCGGCUGCGGCUUCAUCGGCAAAGAGGCAGCGGAGGAGGAGGAGGAGAAGGGGCCGAGGAGCGCCGCCGGAGGGACCCCUCGCCCAGCAGCCCCCCUUGCGGCCAUCAUGGCUCCCGCCGAGAAGAUCAAGGCCAAGAUCAAGCGGACGCUUCCGGUGACAGGGCCCCAGGCGCCCACCCUGCGGGAGCUGAUGCACUGGUACUGCAUGAACACCAACACCCACGGAUGCCGGCGCAUUGUGGUCUCACGCGGGCGCCUGCGCCGCGGCCUCUGGAUCCUCCUCACCCUGACUGCCGUGGGGCUGAUCGUGUGGUACUGCGUGCAGCUGGUCAUGAACUACUACGUGGCCUCCGUCUCGGUCACCGUCCACUUCCACAAGCUGCCCUUCCCGGCUGUCACUGUCUGCAACAUCAACCCCUACAAGUACAGCGCCAUAAAAGGCCACCUGGCAGAGCUGGACAAGGAGACCAGGAUGGCCCUGGAGUCCUUGUAUAGCUUCCCGGAGAGCAAAGCCCGGGAGCGCCGUGAGGUAGGCAGCGAGGAAAGCAACAAGGGCCAGUUUCUCAAACUCUUUCCCCUGCUGAUGGCCAGCGACCUCCAGCCCCAGCCUGCCAUCAAUGUCUCCUCUGGCUACAAGCGGCGGAUUGAGGCCAGCAUCUUUCCGGGCAGCUCCAGCAUGGUGAAUGUCAAGAACCCAGAAGACAUUGUGGGCUUCCGGCUGUGUGACCCCAGCAAUAGCAGCGACUGUGCCCUUUACACCUUCAGCUCAGGGGUUAAUGCCAUCCAGGAGUGGUACAAACUGCACUACAUGAACAUCAUGGCUCAGAUUGACCCCGAGGAGAAGGAGAGGAUGAGCUACUCCCCCAAUGAGCUCAUCCUGAGCUGCUCCUUUGACGGCGUCUCCUGUGACUCCAGGAACUUCACUUCCUUCCACCAUCCGCUGUAUGGGAACUGCUACACUUUCAACAGUGGGCAGAAUGGGGAGGUCCUGAAUACAUCAACAGGGGGCAGUGAAAACGGUCUGCAGGUGAUCCUGUACAUAGAUGAAGCCGAGUACAACCCCUUCCUGGUCACGUCCACGGGAGCCAAGAUCGUGAUCCAUGGCCAAGACGAGUACCCCUUCAUUGAGGACAUCGGCACCGAGAUCGAAACUGCCACGGCCACCUCCAUUGGGAUGCACUUUACCACAUCCCACCGGCUCAGCAAACCCUACAGCAACUGCACGGAGAACGGGUUGGACAUCCCUGUGGAAAAUCUCUACAACAAAAGCUACUCUUUGCAGAUCUGCCUGCAUUCCUGCUUCCAGAAAUCAAUGGUGAUGACCUGCGGAUGUGCUCAGUAUGCCCAGCCUCUGCCCACCGGGGCUGAGUUCUGCAACUACAAGAAGUACCCAAACUGGAUGUAUUGCUACUACAAGCUCCAUGAACAGUUUGUGAAGGAGCAGCUGGGCUGCCAGCAGAUCUGCAAAGAAGCCUGCAGACUGAAAGAGUGGACCCUCACCACCAGCCUGGCUCAGUGGCCAUCAACAGCCUCGGAGGAAUGGAUACUCCGAGUUCUCUCUUGGGACAAAAAGAUGAGCAGCAACAAGACGUUAAACAAGACAGACCUGGCCAGCCUCAUGGUUUUCUACAAAGACCUGAAUGAGAGAUUCAUUACAGAGAACCCAACAAACAAUGUGGUCCUCCUCCUGUCCAACUUUGGUGGCCAGCUGGGCCUGUGGAUGAGCUGCUCAGUGGUCUGCGUCAUCGAGAUCGUGGAGGUCUUCUUAUUUGACACCUUCUGCAUUAUCCUGCGCCAUCGUUGGCAGAAAGUGAAGAAGUGGUGGCGAACCAAGAAGGGCGGGCGAGGAGAGGAGGAAGAUGAAGAGGAGGAUGGAAGAGUGGGGGGAGAAGGGGCACAAGGACGGACCCCUCAGAGUGGCACAGUGGAGGUCCAGGGCCUCGACAACCCUGCCUGCGAUGCCCAUAUCAAUGAGGAUGAUGACCUGCCCACCUUUAACACGGCUAUGCGCUUGCCCCUGCCCCCAGGGCACCUGGCCCCUCGGACACCCCCGCCCAACUACAGCACCUUGCGGCUCUCAGGCGUCUACGACGGGCAGCUCCCUGACACUCUGGAGGUCAAGAGCCAGUGACCGUGUGGUUGACCCAUGGCUGGGACACCCCCAACACACACAUGGCAGGCUGCACGGCUGUGGCAACAGAUGCCAAGUAUGGGAAGCAGCCCUUUGUAUGUGCCAUGUUGGUCUACUCACAAGACCCUCUCAUCUCCCUUGGGGGGCAUGAAUGCCAUCUUUGCCCUCUCUUGGGGGGCAGGAGGGGGCUUGGCCCAAACUCACAGGCUGCCAUCCUGCAUCAGAAUUGUGUAGCUCCGGUCCCUCUGUGUGGAGCGAUUCACGGACCAUGCUACACAGCUCUUGUGUUGAACGGUGGCAUAGCACAGCUGGAGGUGCAGCCCAGUGAAUGAAUCCAUCAUGUGCAACAGUGCCUCAUUGGUUCACAACAGUUCAGCUUCAGACAAGAAUGUCCAGUUCCUUCUGUGGGGGAGCUUACAUGGGUGCAAGACACCCAAAGGAUUCCAGCCAGGAUGCUUCCCCACCCCUCAAAUAAAAAGAUUGCAGUAAUUGUGAGGGGAACGGGGAAGUCACCCCAAAAUCCCUCUGGGGCAGAGGAAUGGCCUUAAAGCAGCACCCUGCGGUGCUUUUACCCUCCUGCUCCCAUCAAACUGCAAUGGUUGGGCUAUGAUGCUCCAUGGUAUGUAUGAAGAAUAUUUUUUAAAGCUUCAUUUGGUGCCAUUUAAGCCUUUAUUAUUCUUGUUGUUCUUCUUAAAUGGGACUACAGUAUUUUAAAAUAGCUUUGACCAAAGGUGGGGGAAGAGAUGUAUUUAAUAAACUUUUCUCAGGAACCAUUAUGCCUCCA